GUGUUGUGUCAAGAUUCAAGAAGGCGAGAAAUAAAAUGUUUCAAUUUUAAAUGUACACAUUUUCCUGUUGUUUUUCACCAAUGGAAGUGAUUAUUAGUGAAUUCUACGAGAUUCUACAUCAUUAGGACUGGUUUGUAUAAUAAAAUUAAAUAAAUAUGACGCAGUUUUUGCCACCGAAUUUGUUGGCAUUGUUCGCCCCACGCGACCCAAUUCCGUACAUGCCCCCGGUUGCCAAACUACCUCACGAGAAGAAAAACAGAGGAUACUUGGGACUGGGACGGUUUCUAGAUCAAUUUGAGGAUCCUAAAGACACUCCGCCACCAACCAAAGUGGAGACGAGAGAAGAAAGGUUAGAACGACGUCAUAGGGAAAGGGCUGAGCAAGUAGCUUAUAAGUUAGAACAAGAAAUUGCAAUAUGGGAUCCUGCUUCAGCUCCCACCAACACCUCGGAUCCAUUCAAAACUCUGUUCAUUGCUAGAAUUAACUAUGAUUCAUCAGAAUCCAAGCUGCGCAGGGAAUUUGAAGUUUAUGGUCCCAUUAAAAAGAUUGUACUCAUCCAUAACAGUGUUAAUGGAAAACCUAGGGGGUAUGCUUUUAUUGAGUAUGAACAUGAAAGGGACAUGCAUUCUGCUUACAAACAUGCAGAUGGUAAGAAAAUCGAUGGGAGACGUGUGUUGGUGGACGUUGAGAGGGCCAGAACUGUCAAAGGUUGGCUGCCUAGGAGGCUAGGUGGCGGUUUGGGCGGCACCAGAAGAGGCGGCCCGGAAGUGAACAUCAAGCAUUCCGGGCGGGAGGAUAACGAGCGAGAGCGCGAACGCUACCGGCUGGAGCGAGAGCGCGAGGAGCGGGGCGAGAGAGGCGGGCCGAUGGGCGGACCGAGAGGGGACCGCGAAGGUGGCUUGGGAGGCGGUCGCAAUCGGGACAGAGGGGAGGGUUUCGAGGGUCGCCGGCGGUCUCGCUCUCGGGAGAGGGAGAGGAGGAGGAGGGGCAGCAGGUCGCGGUCGCCGCGGCGGGAGAAGAGGAGGCGCAGCAAGGAGAAGAUACGCGAAGAGAUUACCAUCGAGGACGAUUUCGAUGGCAGGCCGAGGGACAGGGAUCGCGACAGGGAGCGCGACAAGGAUAGAAAACGCAGGCGAUCACGGUCCAGAGAUAAAGAUAGAGAGACGAGGAAGAAGGAGAGAAGAGAACGUAGGGAGAGAGAAAAGGUGGAAAAGAUACAGUUCAUCAAAACUGACGACGGUAGUGAGAUGGUCAGGGUCAAAGAAGAACCAGUGGAUGAUUAUGAUUAUUCGAAUUAUCAAUCUUCCGAUUUCGAUCCCACCAAGGUGAAAUUAGAGGACGAGGAUGAGCAAAAGUACCAGCCAGAGAAUGCAGCGAACGGAAAUCGGCGGUACAAUGACGAAUACGAGGAAGGAGAGGCUUAUUAAAUUAUCAUUGUAAAUCGUUUAGUGAUAGUGUCUUGAAAUUAUCGCGGAGGCCGAUUCAAUGCCUGGCGGUUUCUCGAGUAUCGCCCUUUAACCUCAAAGGAUACCCGAGAAAUCGUGGAGAUUGGCUGAUGAUUGGGGCGAAUAUAUUUAUAUUUGAUUAAUCUUCAAAACGGUUUGGGUACUUGUGUUCAUAUCACGUUGCGAAGUUAGGUUUAAUCCCGAUUUUACAUUCAUAUGAAUCACUGUAUGUGUUGAGAAUUGAUAAUAAAUGACAUGUACUCAG